AUGAUGCUUUUUAUCGAUUUUCUCUUUAUCCUCAACACGUUCACCAUGAUUACGGGUACAAUAUUCAUCAUAAGUUUCUGCACAAAUCCAAUCAAGAAAAAGAACGAAAAAUGUAAUGUGAGAUCGCUGACCAAUUCGAUGAGAGCGAAAUCCGAGCCAAAAGGCGCUGCUCUCCCCUCUUCACAAGGCCCUCAACAAGCCAAGAGUCUACAAGCAAAAAUUCCGAAAAGUGCGAAAAGUUGUCCAGUUGGACCAAUGGCAACUCCAAAGCCUUCAGUAUCCCCGGUGCCACAUACACCUGCGGUUGAUACUCAGUCACCGAGAUCCGUUCCAAUGCCCAAUUCAUCCGAAUCCAAAGGACUCAAAUCUAUGCCAGCCUUCUGA